AUGGCGCUGUCUCCUACUGUUGCCAACCCUUCUCUACCACCUUCUAACAAGUCACGACGGGAACGGGCAGGACCCUUUGCCUCGAUGAACCAAACCCAGGCACGGAUUCGAGACACACCACGCACACGAUCACAGGCGGCCCUCAAGCGCCCAGGAGAGGAGGGCAAGACGGAGAAGAAGGAAAGCCCAUUGUACAGGGCGUUAAAGAUGCAGACAACACUAACCCCGGUGCCUUACGGUCGACGUUCCGCUAUUAAAGCUCGACUUGCCGACAUCACCAGCUUCGACCACUUCCCUCUCCUCCCCGCAGUUCGACAGUCGGUUUUUGCUCAGGCUCUGGCGGGUCUCACAGAUGUUACCCCCACGCCUAUUCAAAGACUCGCAAUACCCGAACUUUUGCUCGAUGAGUCCAAGAAGAAGAAGAAAGUGAAAAAGUCGAACGAAGAUGUAGAAGAAUACAAUUUUGACCAGUAUCUCCUGGCAGCAGAGACCGGCUCGGGAAAGACCCUCGCAUACUUACUUCCCAUUAUUGAUGCUAUCAAGCGUGCUGAAGUCGUCGAUAUGGAGGAAGAGAAGGCCCUUGAGGAACAAAAGGCACAAGAGCGAGAGGAGAGAAUGAAGAAUAAGGCUUUCUCUUUGGAGCCUGAGGAGCCGCCAAUGACAAAUGCCUGCCGUCCUCGGGCCAUCGUUCUCGUUCCUACUUCCGAAUUGGUAUCUCAGGUUGGAUCCCAGCUCAAGGAGUUGGCUCACACAGUCAAGUACCGGUCGGGCGAAAUCUCAUCAACUUUCACUCCCCGCCGAAUCAAAAACACCCUCUUCCACCCCGCCGGUAUCGAUAUCCUAGUUUCAACUCCUCACCUUUUGAGUUCUGUUGCGAGGUCGAACCCCAAUAUCCUCAGCCGAGUCACUCACCUUGUACUCGACGAGGCCGAUUCCCUUAUGGACCGAUCUUUCAUCCCAACAACGUCCGAAAUCAUUGCUAAAGUUGCUCCGUCACUCAAGAAAUUGGUUCUCUGCUCCGCCACCAUCCCCCGCAGUCUCGAUAACCAGCUGCGCAAGCGCUUUCCUGACCUGCAGCGCCUGACAACUCCGAACCUGCACGCCAUUCCCCGUCGCGUGCAACUAGGUGUGGUGGAUAUUGAGAAGGAACCAUACCGCGGAAACCGAAACCUUGCCUGUGCUGAUGUCAUCUGGUCAAUCGGCAAGGCUGGAGAUAGACAUGAGCACACCGAGACAUGGGGACCGCUCAAUGCGUACAUGGAGCCGAAGGUUAAGAAGAUCAUCGUGUUCGUCAACGAACGUGAGGAAGCCGACGAGGUCGCUGGUUUCCUGCAAUCCAAGGGCAUUGAUGCUGUCUCGCUAUCCCGGGACACUGAUUCCCGGAAGCUACAAGAGACUCUAUCGCAGUUCACUGAGGUUAAGCUCCCACCGACUGCGGAGGAGAUCAUGAUUAAUAAGAAGAAGAACCGCGCCGCCGGCAGCAUUCCCUUCGAGCUCCCUGAGCGCCAGGAGCCCAUUCGUCGCCUUCCCGACACUAAGGUUCUUGUCACUACUGACAUCGCCUCCCGUGGUAUUGACACGCUGGCAGUGAAGACAGUGGUUCUCUACCACGUGCCGCACACAACCAUUGACUUUAUCCACCGACUAGGCCGUCUCGGUCGUAUGGGCAAGCGCGGUCGUGGUGUUGUCUUGGUGGGCAAGAAGGACCGCAAGGACGUCGUCCGUGAGGUUCGCGAGGGCAUGUUCCGUGGCCAGGCUCUGAUCUAG